AUGAAUUACGAUUAUUACCAAAAUGAAAAUAUAUAUAAUGAUAUAAGAAAAUUAAAAAUAGAUAAGCAAUAUUUUAAUUACAUAAAUCAGAAUGUACAAUCAAAUGAUAAAUUUAUAAGUAGACUUCAAAAUACAAUGACUUUAACAGGCCAUGAAGGAUGUGUGAAUAGACUUAAAUGGAACGAUGAUAACCAUUUAUUAGCUUCAGCUAGCGAUGAUAGAAAAGUUUUAAUAUGGAAUAUUAAUUCAUAUAAAUAUAAAAAUAAGCCAAAAUAUACUAUUGAAACAGGUCAUUUCUAUAAUAUUUUUGGAGUAGCUUUUAUCGAUAAUGAUUAUGUUGUAACUGGUUCAAUGGAUAGACAAGUUCGUGUGCAUAAUAUACAAAAUUCUUCUUAUAAAGAUAUUCAUAAGUGCCAUUCUGAUCGAGUAAAACAUUUAGCAACAAUACCAAAGCAUAACAAAUUUAUUUAUUGGUCAUGUUCAGAAGAUGGUACUGUUAGGCAAUUUGAUACUAGAGAAAAACAUAUAUGUAAUCCUCCUGAUUGUAAAAAUGUUAUAAUAAAUUAUAAUAGAGUUCAUAAUGAAAAUAAAAUGAAUAGAUCUGUUCCUAAUAAUACAAAUAGAAAAGUGAACAAAUUUAAUUACUUUUUGAAAAAUAGAUACAAUCUUCUUAGAGCAAUGAAUGAACAUAAAUAUCUCAAUAUGGAAUUCCAAAGAGAAAUGAAAGCUAUAGCUGUAAAUCCUUUAUUUAAUAAUUAUAUUGGUGUUUGUUCAAAUGAUAUGUUGAUAAGAGUGUACGACAGGAGAAUGUUAAACCUAUAUAAAAAAAAUGAAAAAAUGAAUCUAAGAAAUAGUAUUCCUUCGGAUACUUAUUAUCCAAAACAUUUAUGGAAUUAUUGUGAUGAAGAUGAUGAAAAAAAAUUAAAUCACAACUCUCUCUUUUGUACUCAUUUAGCUUGGUCUAACGAUGGUAAAUACUUAGGUGUAACUUAUAAUAAUGAACAUGUUUAUUUAUUUAAUUUUUUAAAUAAAGAAGAAGAAAAAUGUCUGAGUUAUAACUUUGUAGAUAAUAAAUGCACUUUUGAUUAUGAAAAAAAAUAUGAUAUUUUAUUUCCUCCCUAUUAUAAUGAAAAAGAAGAUAAUAAUACUAAUUAUUUAGAAGAACGUAAAAAUUAUAUUUAUGAAUUAUCCUUAAUAAAAAAUAUAGAAAAGUUAGCUGGAGAAGCAUAUGAAAAAAAGCAAUAUUUCGAAGCAGAAUAUUUAUAUAACGAAUGUUUAAAUUUAGUGAAAAAUAAAGAUAUAAAAAAAGUUCUUUAUUGUAAUUUAGCUAUAACUUUAAUACAAAGAAAGGCAAAAAAUGAUGCAUAUUUGGCUGAACAGUAUUCCUUAGAAGCAUUAAAAUUAGAUCCGAGUUAUUACAAAGCAAUAUAUAGAAGAAUUCAAGCUAAUAUUGUUAAUAAGAAAUUAAUUAAUGCUUAUAGAAUUACUUUAUCUGCUUGUAAACAUUAUAAGGGAGUUAUUGAAUUUUUUUAUUUAAAAAAAAAAAUAAAAAGAAAAUUAUAUGAAUUAUAUAGAGAUAAGAUAAGUUCAAUAAAGGAAAAAAAAUUAAGCAAUGAAAAAAAAAAAAAAGAAAAAAAAGAUGAAUCAUUUUAUAACAAAAAAUUUAAGGAUAUAAAAGAGGAAGAAGAGGAAGAAUUUAAGUAUGAAGAUACUGAUAAUGACGAAUAUAAUGAGGAUGAAGAUGAAGAAGAUGAAGAGGAUGAGGAUGAGGAUGAUGAGGAUAAGAAUGAGGAUGAGGAUGAGGAUGAGGAUGAUGAUAAUGAAAAUAAUGAUGAUAAAGAUAAUGUUGACGAAGAUAAUGAUGAUGAGGAGGAAGAAGGUGAUAAUGAAAAUACCAAACUUAAAGAGUAUAAAGAAAAAGAAAAUAAAAAAGGUUACGAUAAUAUUGGAGAAAACGAAGAAGAUAGUAUUCGUAUAAGUAAAAACGAAGCAAAAGAAAAUAAAGAUGAUUCAUUAAAAAUAAAUACAGAUAUUUAUUUAAAAAAUCUCGCAAAAAAUGAAGAUACGAAUUUCAAAGGAAAUGAAAAUAAAGGCAAUUUCAAAAAGGAAGAAAAUUGUAAUGAAUUUAUGGAAUUAAAAUUUCCAUUGAAAAGUAAUAAUGAUAAUACUAAAAAGCUUACAGAAAAAUGUUUAAAUGAAAAUAAUUAUGAUGAAAAAAAAAGGAAACACGAGCAAUUCAUUAAAUCUAGUCCUCAUAAUUUUUUUAGCACUUCAAAUGAACUAAGAAAAAAAAAAAAAAAGAAAAAGAAAUAUAAGCAUAUAGAAGAAAAGCAUGAAUACAUAGAUAUAAAAAAAGAAAAAUAUAAGAAUAUAGAAGAAAAGAAUGAAAUAUAUAAUCUAGAAAAAUUUAAAGAUAACAAUCAUGGAAAAAUAAUAGAAUCAUUUGAUGAUAAUUUAAAGAGUGUAUAUAGUAUGAACAGUAAAAAUAUUGAUGAAAAUUCAAAAAAAGACAAAACCAUCAAAAAAAAAUUAAAGAAAAAAAAAGGAGAAAAAUAUAUAAAUAUCAUUAAUCAAAUAUCUCUAUAUUUGCAAUAUAAAGUUCUUCACUCUUAUCCUUAUUUUUUAAUUUUUUAUGUUAGUUUCUGUUAUAGAAAUUCAAUAACAUCAUGGAAAGGAUGGCCUCAAUAUUAUUAUUUAUCUGUAGUAGAAAAAGUGUAUAACUUGAAAAUGAAAGAAAAACUUCUAAAGGAUAAAUAUUAUGAAAAAAAAAACAAUAAAAAAUUAAAAAAAUAUAAUAGAAAUUAUGAAUAUAUCUUCUCUGAUAAAAAAGAAAACAGAUAUGAAUUAAAUAUGAUUAAAGAAAAAGAAAUUUUGAGAAAUUCAUUUGAAUUAGACAAGAAUAAACAACAAAAAAAAAUAAACUCUAAAAAAAAUGUUAAAGAUAAUAAAAAGGACUGUAUAAGUUAUGAAAAUGAGAAGAAUUUCAAUUUUUUAAAGUAUGAACACAAUAACUUAGAAAUCAAUAAUAAUUUUAAUAUGCAAGAUAAUGACGAUUUAGAUGAUUAUAAGUUAAAUAAAAAUGAUGAAAACCAUGAUAAUAUAAAUAAUCAAGAUGAAAAUGACAUAAAUAAUAAUUAUAAUUUAAAAAAUUCAAAUCCUAAAAGUACUAAUGUAGAAAAUUGUGAAAAAAACGAAUUAUUAUACAACUUACAUGAAUUUUUAGGUAAAAAAGAAAAAGAGAAGAAAUAUGAAGAAAAUGAAAAAAUAAAAGAAAAAAAAAGAGAAGAAGAUGAUGAAGAAAAAAAAAAAAAAAAAGAAGUUUAUAUUGAUAAUAUAAAAAACAAUGAAAGAAUAAAAAAAAAAAGAAAAAAUAUAUUUAUAAAAGAAAAAUUAAGAGAAAAACAAAAUGCUUAUUCAGAUACGUCAAGUUCUUCCAGUAAUAAUGAAAAUAUUAGAAAAGAAAAUAUAAAAAAGGAUAUAGAUUAUAUUUUAGAAAAAUCUUAUAGAAAAACAAACCAAAGGAACAUAAUCAGAUUAGAAUUGUAUCGUUCUACAUUUAGUAAUACAUCAAUUAGUACUAACACGCAAAAUCAAAAUGCAAAUGUUCCAUCUCAUGAAAAUACAACUAUUGAAGAUUCUAAUAAUACACAUAAUAGUCAAAAUAAUAAUAAUAAUAUUAUUACUAAUAACUUAAGUAAUCAAAAUGAAAAUAUAAGUGAAGAUAACUCCAGAACCGAUAUUAAUAAUGUGAAUUAUAGAGUAGAGUCUUUUACCCAUGGUAUUUUAAAUGAUUUUAAUUUUAGUUAUUUUAGAUUAGGUAAUAACAAUGUUAUUCUAAACACUAGAUUAGUAAAUGAUAGUAACAAUAAUAUCGAUAACAACACUAUUACUAAUAAUACAUUUUCUAAUGAUGACAAUACUAUUAAUAGUAACAAUACUUUUAUUAAUAAUAAUAACACUGAUAACAAUAAUACUAUUAAUAAUAUCAAUACUACUACUAAUAGUUUUAAUAAUAAUAAUAACACUGACAACAAUAAUACUAUUAAUAAUAUAGCUACUAUUACUGAUGGUUAUAAUAAUAAUAAUAAUAUUGAUAACAACAAUGCUAUUAAUAAUAUGACUACUACUACUACUACUACUAAUAGCCGUAAUAAUAAUAACACUGAUAACAAUAGUAUUAUUAAUAAUAGUAGUAUAGCUACCAAUAGUUCUAAUAAUAAUAAUAGCAAUACUACUACUAAUAGUUCUAAUUAUAAUUCUAAUAAUAACAUUAGUAAUAAUAACAUAAUAAAUAAUAUCAUUAAAAAUAAUGAGAAUAAUAAUAAUAACACAAAUAAUAAUACAAAUAGUAGCAUAGGUUUGGAUGGAGAAUCUUUUGUAAAAAAAGAAAACAAAGAAAAUGAAAAACAUGUUUCAUCUAACUAUGAUAACAAUGAAUAUGUAUAUGAAUCAAGCAUAAGCAAUAAUUCAAAAAAUAAAGCAUCGAAAGAAAAUAAUAUAUGUGGUUUUGAAUAUAAAAAUAAAAGUGUAUUAGAUAGGAAAAUGAGCAUUGAAGAAAACGACAAAGAUAUGAUUAGCUUAAAAAAUGAAAAUAGGACAAAUGAAAAAAAAAAAACAAAAAAAAAAAGUGAUGAUAAUGGAAAUAGUACUAAUAGCAGUAACUUAAGCCUUAAAAAUAAUGAUUCCAAAUUUAAUAAUUUUGAAGAUUCAGUAAAUAAAGAUAAUAAUAGCAUUAAAAUAAAAAAUAAGAAAAAAAAAAAAAAAAAAAAAAAUUCUGAUAAUGAGUCAUCCAAUUAUUCCAAAAGUUUUUUACACGAUUAUUCCUUAAAAAAUAAUAUAAAAGAUAAAAUAGAAAAAAAGGAGAAUAUACGAGAUAUAAAAAAUAAAUCAACAAAAUACUUUAAUAAAAAAAAAAAAUGUGAAUACAUAAUAUAUGAUUCUAAUAGUUUAAUAAAUGAAAUUAAUACAUCAGAGUUAGAAGAAAAAGAUGAGGUAGAUAUAUAUUCUUCUGAUGAUCAAAAUUUUUUGCAUAAAAAAAAAAUUUCUAUACUAAAAAAUCAUGCCGUUCUAGAUUUUCGAGAAUAUUCUUCAGAUAAUAGUUAUUCUUCAUUAUCAACAGAUAAUACUUCUUCAACUUAUGAAAAUCAAUUUUAUGAUUACCUUUAUAAUGAAAUCGAUCACAAAGAUAUUAAUUCUUGCCAAAAUAUUUAUGUAUUUGAAAAAAAAAAAAAAAAAAAAAUUCGUAAUUACAUAGAAAAAAUUGAAGACCCAUUAUGGGUCCCCCAAGGAAAUUGUAAAAGAUUUGUGGGGCAUUGUAAUAAUGGAACAGAUAUAAAAGAAGUGGCAUUCUGGAAUGACAAUGCCAUUUUAGCUGCAAGUGAUAACAGUGAAGUUUAUGUUUGGAGAAUAAGAGAUGGAAAAUUAUUAAAUGUCUUAAAGGGUCACGAAAACCAUGUAAAUUGUGUUCAAGUGCAUCCUGAAGGAUCUUUUUUAGCUACAAGUGGAAUUGACAAAUAUAUACAAAUUUGGCAACCAAAUAACAAAAAGGAAUUUAUUUUUGAUAAAAGUGUUCAGGAUACUAUGUUUGAAAAUCAGAAGUUAUUAGAAUUAUCAAACACGAAUUAUUUUAGUUUUGUUAAUUUUUCACCUAUUAUUAUCAACACAACAAGAAACAACCAAUCGCAACGAUUUGCUGAAUGUUUAAUUCAAUAG